AUGGGAUUGUCGGCGCCGCCAAAAGCGCAUGUUGACAAGUCGGACUUGCGCGCCGACUUUGCAACCGCCAUGUCCGCCAUGUACAAAGCAGAGGUCCCUUUAUAUGCCGAUUUGAUCGAAAUCGUUCAAGACAUCAAUCAGGACUUGAUCAGGUCCAGCCACAUAACCAGCAAUCUACAACGCUUAACAGCUGAGAGACAUGGUGCGAUCCGCCUGGGCACCGCCCAUGAGCUGCGCACAAUCAGCCGAAUAUUCAAGAUAUUGGACAUGCACCCUGUGGGAUACUACGACCUUUCCGUCGCCGGUCUUCCUAUGCACGCGACGGCAUUUCGGCCAAUUUCGACCACGAGCUUAGAAAAAGCCCCAUUUCGUGUCUUCACGACACUACUCCGCCCAGAGCUCCUCGCGUCCGAACGAGCCCGGGAGCUGUCCGAGGCGCUUCUCUCUCGUCGCAACCUCUUUUCAGAGACCCUGCUCCAAAUGCUAGACACGGCCGACUCCCAGGAUGGGCAGCUCACCGAGGGACAGGCCAGCGUCUUCAUCACCGAGGCGCUCCGCACCUUUAGCUGGCAGCCAGUCGCCGCCUCGACAGACACGGAAUACCAGGUGCUGAGGGACGAGCACCCGAUCCUCGCCGACAUUGCGUGCUUCAAGACGGCGCACAUCAACCACCUGACCCCGCGCACGCUCGACAUAUCGCGGGCCCAGCAGGCGAUGCUGAGCAGCGGCAUGCGGGCCAAGGAGCGCAUCGAAGGCCCGCCGUCGAGGACGUGCCCCAUCCUGCUGCGCCAGACGAGCUUCCUCGCCCUCGAGGAGCAGGUCAGCUUUCCCGCCGACGCCGGCUCGCUCGUGCCCUCGACCCACACCGCCCGGUUCGGCGAGAUUGAGCAGCGCGGGGCGGCGCUCACGCCGGCGGGCAGGGACCUGUACGACGCGCUUCUCGCCGAGAGCGCGGCCAAGUCCGCAGGGCUCGGCCCUGCGGAGGCGGACGCUGUCGCUCGGAAUGUAUUUGCGGCCUUUCCGGAUACAUGGGAGUCUUUGCGAGCGCAAGGUCUCAUUUACUGCCAGUAUCGGGCUGUCAAAAAGCCGGAGAAGAGGCCGGUGGUCACGGGCGGACAUACGACGCUGCUUGAACAACUGGUGGCGGACAACCACGUCAAGGCUGCACCCAUUACAUACGAGGAUUUCCUGCCCUUCUCUGCGGCUGGCAUCUUCCGCUCGAACCUGUCCGCGUCCAGCUCAGACGAGAAUCUGAGUAUCCAGAAUCGUGAACCUGACCAAGCUGGGCUAGAAAGAGCACUUGGCGCUCAUUUGCUCGAUGUCUAUGAGUGGUAUGAUGGCGUUCAAAACGCGAGUCUGGAGGCUGUCUGCAGAGAGCUCAAGUUGAGCAUAUCGGAGCUGACAAUGUAA